UUUACCCAUGAACCGCUAGUGUUUCUGCAGCGUGAUGGAGUUGUCUCUUUUGUUGAUAGUUCCAAAAAGAUACAUAUUUCCACUGACGCUGAGUUUUGGUGUGAUUCUAUUGGCGUAGGGAAGGUGAAAGUAAACUUGAGGGGGAACAUGGUUGCUUUCAUGCAAAUACAAGGGACAACACAAAAAGAGGAACCGAUGUGAAAUGAGAAACAAGACAUUGUUCAACCAAUUGUGAGAGUUGAUUCACACCGAGACGAGAUUGGCAAAACGGACUACUCUAGUUCCGAAAUAUAUGAUUAUCGAUAGAGAUUUCUGAACUAGAUGAGAGCGGUCGGUUUGUCUCUUCUUCCACUGAAAACUAUAUUGAACAACUUCUUGUCUCAUCGAAAACAUCGUCGGAAUCGGUAAAGAGGCGGGCGCUUGUAAGUUUUAAGAUAAAGAUACAGUAGUCUCGUUUACGUGGACGAAGAAAUUCAUCUCAGGUUAUUCCGGAAGCUGCUGAAUAGAACGCAGACAGACUAGAGAUGGGUGACUGGAAUCUCAGCAUUGGGACUUUGAGUGAAGGAGCUCAGAGCAGGUUAGCUGACAUGCUGGAUAAUGCUAAAUGUGGAUGGAGACAACUUGCCAAUGUUGUCACUGAGGAACCUCGAUUCCGCUGCAGUGAGAAUGAGAUGACCAGCUGUUCGCUCCAGGUGCUCAGCCCGACAGGCAGCCCCAGCCGCUACCUCCUAGAGAGGCUAUCUGAGCGCUCCUGCACCCUGGGCUUCCUGCUGCACUGCCUGAAGAAGAUGGAGCACCAUGAAGCUGUGCAGUACCUCACUGCAAACGUGAUGGAGCGGUUUCAGAUCACAGUGCAGCCCCAGGCCCAGCAUGCUACAGAGGGAGGCAGGGUUGUGCUGGUCUGUAAGGCCAUUGGUCCUGCUGCUAUGGGCUACCAGUGGUUCAAAGGCAAAGAAGAGGUGCUAGGUGGAAGUGGUUCAGAGCUGGUCCUUUGCCCUUUAACCCCAACCCACCAGGGACACUACAUCUGCCGGGUCAACCAUGGAGAGAACUUUGUCUUCUCCCAGUGGGCACAUGUCCGCAUUAUCAGGUCAGCUGGCUCCAGCACAGGUGUCAGUAGCAGCUUCUUCCCCCCCUCAGUGAGUGGAGUGCGUAUUGUCCGUCAGCCCCGGCCCCAGGUAGUAGCUGAGGGGGACUCCUUGUGUCUGGACUGCUUUGCUGAAGCCAACCCUCCUCCUCAGUACCAGUGGUACCACAAUAAACAACCAAUGCCAACAGACAAGAUAAGCACCCUGAGGAUACUGUGUGUGACCACAGCAGAUCGAGGAAUGUACAGCUGCAGGGUGUUCAACUUGUACCAUGAGGUGUGGAGCGACCAGGUUCAUGUCAAAAUAGAUCCUGGUUCCUCCAUUGAUGCCUCCUGGGGAGAAAUAGACCCUGCUGCCACACCUAGCCCUGCCAGGCAGAUAAGUAAAUUAUAUGCCACGGACAAGGUGGCUCUUCUGAUGGGAAACAUGAACUACCUGCACCACAGGCCUCUGCGAGCGCCCAUGGCUGAUGUGCACGAGAUGACCAACCUGCUGCGCCAGUUGGACUUCAAGGUGGUAUCUUUGCUGGACCUCAACUGGCAGGAGAUGCACAGCGCUGUAACUGAGUUCCUACUGCUGCUCGACCGUGGCGUCUAUGGGCUUCUGUACUUUGCGGGUCAUGGUUAUGAGAACUAUGGGAACAGUUUCAUGGUGCCCAUUGAUGCCCCGGCUUCUUAUACCUCAGAGAACUGCCUGUGGGUGCAGGAUGUGCUACAGCGGAUGCAGGAGCGAGAGACGAGUCUCAAUGUAUUUCUAUUGGACAUGUGUCGCAAAAGAAACUUGAACGACGGUGUCCCUCCACAGCCAGGGCAACUGAAAGUGACCGCAAACAUAGUGUUUGGUUAUGCCACGUGUGUGGAUGCAGAGGCCUUUGAGGUGAACAAAGACGACCUGUCCAAUGGAAUCUUCAUCAAUUUCCUCAAACAGAGAGUCAUGGAGGACGAGAAGGUCACUGUCAUGCUGGACAGGGUGGCCGAAGACAUGGGUCGGUGUGAGAUCACACGAGGGCGUCAGGCUCUAGAGUUACGCAGUAACCUUUCUGAGCGGCGUGCACUCACUGACCGGAUCCAGAGCUCCGGCUGCCCAGAGACCACCUCGGCACGCAACCUGCAGUGGGCCAUAGCACACGUUCUUCCAAAGAGCCGUAACCUGCUGUUUGACUGUGGCGUGACGGUGCAGCUGGGCUUCGCAGCAGAGUUCUCCAACAUCAUGAUCAUCUACACCCGAAUAUUGGAGAACCCCAAGGAAAUUGCGUCCUGCUCGGCCCAUCUCACAGACUUCACUGAGGGUUUGGAUAUGGAUCUGAAGAUGAGUAAUCAGGAGAACCUCCUAGAUGCAGGGAGUUUACUGCCAAUGGAGAUCCUCCUGCCUGCAGAGCUUCCAGGCCUCUACACCCGCCUGAAGGGACUGCAGAGACUUACGAAGGAGUUGACAUUCACUGUGUGCCUUCAGUAUAAGUAUACAAACUUGGAUGAGGAGGUCCAUGAGAGGCAAACUGUCACUGUGGGCAAACCACUGGUAUCCAAACUCAAUCUCCACGAACCUCGGCUUCCCCGCUCCUACUCGGCCUCCUCCUCAUCCGACCUUCACUCCUUCAGCCAUUCCUCCUCCUUCCCAGAGGGCUUUGGGCCAAGCUUCCCUGCCUCAGAGACUUCCUCCAUUGGCUCAGCUUCCACCACCUGGUCAUAUUACUCACAGCCAGGAGUGUCUGCCACCCCAUCUUCCCCCGGGAAGUUAAAUCUACCUGUGGAGGAUGACAGUCCAGAGUUGUUUGAUUCUGACGCCCCCCAGCCUCUCACCACAAGCAAAAGCCUGCCUCAUGGUCAAGUAGAGGACCUCACAUAUCGGUUCAGUAACAUGCACAACUUCCAUUCAUGUUAGUCAUGUCAAUUUGCAGUGUUGUAAGCCGUGCAACUACUCCACAGACCUACACAUGAACUUAUAGUGCAAAUUACUUUACAACAAAUUGAGCCCAUGACCUGCAUUGUUUAUAUGUUAAAGAAUAUGUAGAGAAAAACUGAUGUAAUCUCAUUUUUUUUUAGCUCAUGUAAUGGGUGUUUGUCUUAAUGUUAUGAACAUAUAGUGCCUUAAAGCAUAACCAUUUGGGCAUGCUGUUAAUACAUUUCUUUCACAUCUUUCACAUGGUGGAUUUAACUUUUUUAAAAUUUUAAACAGACAUAAAUAACUUAUUAAAAUGUGUUUGAACAUUUUGA